CCGGGCAAAGCACAGUCCUGCCCUGAUCCGUCAGAAGCACCAGCUAGAGGCCUCUGCAGUGGCCACCUUGUCGCGUGCGGUCUCCCAGAGGCACAGUGUUCCUGGUUUCCCUCUAUCUUUAACCCGUCUGCCAAAGUCCAAGUCCAAGAGUGCAAGACCCAGAAAGAGGUCAAGAUGGGGUUUAUGUUCUCAAAAUCUAUGAAUGAAAAUAUGAAAAUCCAACAGGAGUUCAUGGUUAUGAAUGCUCGACUUCAGCUGGAAAGGCAGCUGACCAUGCAGAACGAGAUGAGGGAAAGACAAAUGGCUAUGCAGAUCGCCUGGUCUCGGGAAUUCCUCAAAUAUUUCGGAACGUUUUUUAGCAUUGCCGCCAUCUCGUUAACAACUGGAGCAAUAAAGCGAAAAAAGCCAGCCUUUCUCAUUCCCAUAGUUCCACUCAGCUUUAUCUUCACCUACCAGUAUGACCUGGGCUACGGAACUCUUCUACAAAGAAUGAAAAGUGAAGCUGAAGACAUAUUGGAAACAGAAAAGACCAAGUUGGAGCCGCCAAAAGGAAUGAUCACCUUUGAAAGCCUUGAAAAAAUCAGAAGGGAGCAGAGUAGAUUCUUCACAGACAAAUGAAGUCACGUGUACCCUUAAAGCACAUGCUGCGUCUCAAAGCACAGAAUUGUUGGCUUGAAUCACAGUGUUUACAGUUUUUUAAAUGAUCAAGAUUUUGAUACGAUGCUUUUUUAUUUUAGAAUAUUAAAAUUCAAAAUGAAUUUGUUGAACUAUUUUAAAAUAAAAUUUUUAACACUCAGCCAAAUCAUGGCAGUAUUCUAGAUAACAUUCAAAUUUUCUGUGUUUGUUUUACAAUUA